AGUUAUAUAUAUUUGUAUGUAAAAGCAUUUAAGUUUUUUGUUUUAGUUUAAACUGUUAAAAUACUAUUGUUACACCAACACACGAAAUAUAUUUCUUGGAAAAUUAAUAUUACUAUAUGAAAGCAAAGUGACAACGCAAUUGUUUGUAGGAGCAAGUAUGUAAAGCUUAAUAAAUUUCAUAAUUUUAAUUAGAGAGCUUAUACUACUCAUACGUAUGUAUAUGUACAUGUCGUCUGGAGGAGCUGGAUCCUCAGCAACUGGAGCAAACGCCAACGAUUUCUUUGGCUGGGAUUUGCUAUACAAAACUAUUGAGAAAACAGUUGAUAAGAAGUCUGAUGUAUUAAUUGCGCUAGCGCACUUUUUACUUGUGAAACAUUAUAAGAUGCAAUGCAUCGGCAUCGGCGAAGAUAAAACUAUUUCAACAGAAGAUGUUGGUUCCGAACUAUUGCCAGAUGGUUGGAAUGAUCGAGGCAAGCGAUACGCCUUACGUUAUUUACACAAUAGUCGAUUGUACUUGCUAAUAGGACAUACUACAGAGGAUUUUAUCACAAUGAAUUUGCUCGAUGUUAAAGAUACCAAGGUCACGAAUAUAACUUUAAAUCCAGAAGAAUGGAUAAAACAAAUGAGAGGACCACUAACAACACUAAUGCCUGAUGCACCGCUGAUAGCAGAUCGUUAUCGCAAAGAGUUAGUUGACCCGGUAUUCACGGGAAAUACACGAGAAGUAACCACACAAACAAAUGUCAACCCAGAGUCACGCUCACCGAACUUCCGCGAUCCGCUCGCUAUAGGCGGGCCAAUGAGACCUGGCGGUUCUUUUCGCAUGGAGCCGCGCCCCUUUGGCUUUCCGGACGUUGGACGCGGCGACUUAGAUCCUUUGGGUCGUGGUGGUCCUGGUAAUCUAUUUCCGAUGCCUUCACGUCCCGACUUCAAUGCCGGUCUAAAUCCGCGUUACGAUCCCAUUGGUCCAGACGGACGUAUUCUGCGUGCCGAACCCAAUCCGGAUCAUCUGCAACCACCAAAUUUCGGUUUCGACUACUACAUGUAAUAAUGAAAAUGCGCUGAAAACUACCAAAAUGCUAAUGAAUUAUAUCAAAUUUAUGCAUAGUGAAUGUGAUUAGGUUAUUAAUCGUUGGUUAAAGCCCAUUCUUAUGAUAGUUUCAAACUGCAUAUCGUAGAGCGGGCUUUAACAUGUGCCUUUAACGCACCACUAACUAUAUUAAACUGAACGAUUAUAAGAAUUUAGAUUACGUUAAACUAUAAUAAAUAAACUGUAAAGAGAUUAUUUUCAACUUUACAUGCAUGAGUCUUAACACACAAUUGAUUAAAUAACCAACCAUCGAAAAUGGAAAACAGUAGUAUGUAUUGGUAAUUUUAUAUUGGAUCAAUAUUUGAAUUGCAUUUGGCUAAAUUUAUAUCAUAUUUAUUAUUCAAUAAAAUAGUUUGAUUCUAGUA